UUUCAGAGGGCUUCUGAAUUUCAUAACUUUGCCACCUAGCACAAUCUAUUCUUGAAACUGCCACCCCUUGAAUGUGGAAAGUGCAGCUUCUCAUGUAGAGGUGCUAAUGCCCGGAACCUCCUGCCACCUUCUAUAAAAACUUCCAUGUUAGUUUCCAAAACCAUGUGUAGAACUUGGCUUGACCUCUCAAUAACACCUACAGGAAUGGACUUGUUGAACGAAGUAAAACUUGAAUGAGGACACUUGUAUUCAAUGUUGGAAAACUGAUUGUGCAACGUUUCAGCACUCAGGUGUCAGAAAUGUCCCUUGCUAGGGUCAGCAGUUUUUUCUAGGGUUGGUCGGGAAACAGGAAACACAACUUACAUCUUUCCUUAUCUGAGACCUAAUUUUGUUAUUAUUUUGAUUUAUUGUAUGUGACUUAAGUUGACUGCAAUAUUUAGUAAUAUUACCUCUUCUAGAUGCAAUGUUAGGAACUUGAGUCUCAAGAGGUCUUGCAAAGCUUAAGUUGACUGCAAUAUUAUUAUGUAAAUUAUGGCUGCCAAGGUAAUAACCAUGGUCAGCAGCACCAAACAGGAUACAUGUAGGUGCCUCUUAAAACCUCAAAUAGGACGAGGAUGGAACAGAUUUCACCAGCUGGUUACAAUAAUGACUACUAGUAUGACUGUCUAACUGUUCUCUGUAAUUUCAGUAGGCAAUAAUGAGUGUGCAACUUACAGGAAACUGUGGGUGUGCCCAUGUCUGUAUCCACACGCUGAACGGCCACAGGUGUGCCUGUCGACCUGGCUACACGUUGAUGAUGGACCUUCACGGCUGUGAAGACCUAGACGCCUGCCUGGCAAAUCCGUGUGACGCCCAGGCCACUUGUACGGAUAAUCCUCCUCCUGCCCUUGAUGCGAAUUGUACCUGCAACACCGGAUAUACAGGAGAUGGGCUUGUCAGUGGAACUGGCUGUUCAGAUAUCGACGAAUGUGCGACCGAGAACGGCCGGUGUGACCAGAUCUGCACCAACGUCCCCGGGAGCUACAGGUGCUUCUGCCAUCAUGGAUUUGUGCUCAUCGAAGACUCGCACGGCUGUCGAGUGUGCGGCCACUGCCUGGGCGGGGACGUGAACUGUGACCCAGUAUCGGGUGUCUGCUCGGCUGGCUGCCAGGAUGGAUGGAAAACACAGCUAUGUGAUAAAGCUGUGGAUCCACCAAUGGACCUGACCGUAACUGACAUCACGGACGAAGGGUUCAAGGUCACCUGGUCUCCAUCCCCUGACCCUGACCUUCAGGGGUACCGUGUGGUGGUGUCCAACCUGGACAUGACGACAGCUGUCAAUCAGAGCACUGAGGAGGCGUGGUUUCCGGUGGUCGGCCUGUUCCCGGAGACUGCUUACAUCAUCAGGGUGACGGCCCUGUUCUCUUCAGGUGGUUGGAGGUCACAGAGCGAGGCGGCAGUGAUACCGGCACGCACAGCCGCCACACCAACCACAAUUCCUCCAACCACAAUUCCUGCUGCUACAACCCAGCAGACAAGUCGGAUGACCACCCGCCUUUCCACCAAACCUGCGACUUCGACCGUACAACAUGCACCUGAAGCUGGGUGGGACGAGGAAUCAUCUGAUGACGCCACCACACCAUCAGCUGCUGAAACAACUAAGCAGACAAGUGGGAUGCCCACAUCCAUGUCCACCAGACCCUCAACUCCAACUGCACAACUCGGAUCGGAUACCGAUGGAACCACAGAGACCAUCAGCAGUCCGCCAGGCGGCAACAGGGCAACAUCAGCUGAUCAGGCUCUUGGUAACAGUCUGGAGAGCAUCUAUGCAGAAUCCGUCAGCUCAAGCCCACAGGAUGUGCUCCAGAUUCUGGCUCAGGCUGCAGAUGUCUCUGGAGAUGAUGUUGUGUUGGGGCAGCCGACAUCAGCUGCUGAGGAAAAGGCACAGGACAUGGCCAUGGGUGUUCUGAAGUCCAUCACCCUCAAUGUGGACCAGCUGGACAUGUCUGACCCGUCGACUGUCCAGUCUGUGGGAGGAUCUCUGGUGGAGUCCGUUGGUUCUCUGCUUGAGGACCCAGAGAGAGAUGAAGAAGAGGCUGAUGUGAAGCUCACUUCUGAUCUUGAGGAAGACCAGAGUCUCUCUCCAAAGGAGCGCCUUCAAAAGGUGGAAGAAAAGAAGCAGGAGAACCAAGCUAAGAGAGGAAGAUUUGUCCAGGAAGGCCGCCAGGUCCUGGAGGGUCUGUUCAACGCCAUCAUCAGCGCCACGAGGCCAGGAGCCCCGGCGGUCACCAUCAAGAGAGGCGGCAUCACGCUGCGUGCCCAGAGGAUCUGGGGCGACCAGUUUGGAGGCCAGGUCGUGCAGACGGAGGAUGGGAGCUUCCAACUUCCGUCUAAAGCAGCGCUUUUCGCGGACUAUACGCCGCACAACGUCGCUAUAAAGUUGACACAGUUUCAGCAGAACCCUUUUACCUGGGGGCGUGGGGAGUACCAACCACGUUCGUCUGUCAUGGAACUGUCACUCCAACAGAACAACUUCCCCGUGGCCUUCAACAACCUAACAGAAGACUUCAACAUCACCAUUCCGGCCAAAUCCGGAAACAAACCAGCGACAACAACCGUCACCAUCCCUGCCCAAGGAAACGGAAGUUCCAGCUACCAUUUGCUGAACCUCACCAACGCCGCAGAAGGCUUCCUGGUCACAAUCACCCCGCUGAACACCAGCGUGGUUUACCGUGUGUCGGGCAGGUACGGCGGCCGCCCUGGUGACCAAAACUACAACAUGUCCACAGAGACGUACAUCCUACCCGAGGAGUGUGCCUUGAUGAAAACUCUGAGUGGCGAGGAAGACACAGAGAAGACAGAGGCAAGAAUGUUCGUCUCGGGAGAGGAUGGUCCUGUGGAUUACAACAUCAAGGUCCAAAUAGUUG